AUGUUUCAACCACUCGAGCAAGAACAACAACUGGAUUUGUUGUUUGCCAUGCCUCCGGAGAACAUUUUUAACUCUGACUCUUCUGCACUUACCUUUUCCAAUACUUUUCAAACCAGUUCAGUUCACUCGGUCACAGGUGUUGACAGCCCUUCACUUGUUAAUAUUAAUAUCCCAAAAUCAGAAUCGUUCUUUAUGGACUCAAUGACGGGUGCAUCUUUUGGACAAACUUUUCAAGACCUAUUCCCAGCGUUUCCUUUGCUAAAACUUCCUACCAUGGUAGCACCUCCAACUUCGUUGAAGAUGGUCAUGGACCGUAAACGGCGACAGUCCCAAAUAACACAGCAGAAUACCACUGAAAAUCUCAAUUCCUUUCAUGGCAUGAAUAUGCCGGUACCAGCGUUCCUUGAAUACUCGGCCUUCCCGCUGGUUCGUGGCUUUUGCUCUGGAGGAAAAAUAAAGCCGCCUAAGAACCAACUAGUUCCUGGAACUGAGUACGUCAAUGUCUGCUUGGAGUUGCUCAACGUCAACUAUGAAGGCAUUUGUUUACCUAAAUGGAAUGAGAAAGAACUUGAGGAAAGUAGAAGGAUUGUUCGAGUAGAGAAAAGACGUCAGUAUAAUAAAAUUGAGGCUGCCUUUUCAAUAGUUGAUUCUGUUCAAGAAAAUCCACAAACCAAUAUUGCAGUUGACCCUAACGUUGAUGUGCUGGAGUUUUCGUGUUUAUUGUGUCCAAUCAAAGAACACAACUCAGAAGUAGCGCAAACCGUCCCUACAAGCUCUUCAAGUGAAGAACACAAGUACAGCGAGCUAGCAGGACACGACUUUGAAGAAAAUUUGAGCUGUGGUAGUGAUAAAGAAAUUGAGACUUCUGUUAGAUUUGAAUACUACAUCACCAGUGUUGAAGUCAUUAGGAUUAUAGAGUUUUUAACGGAAAAUCAUCUAAUCCAAGAUAUCCAGGCGAAAAGAAGAGAAAGAAGCUGUCUAAGAUCAAAUUUAGUGCGAUUCUGGUCCAAAGAUAUAGUUCCAUCGUCCACAAGUACCAUGAGCAAGGGUUCUAAGCCAUCUCGGGAAAACGAUUGUAUUGAAGAGUUGGCCCAACGUAUCAGGGCUUAUAAGGUGCGGAAACCUCUAAUAGUCGAUAAAAGCCUAAGAAUUCUGGAAUGGUCCAAACUUGGACCAGCUUUGGAGCGGGCUCUUCAAAGUUAUUACGUAGCGUUACCAUUGGAUAAAAUUAAAACAAAGUUAUGA